AUGGAGUCCUCUCUCGAGUCCACGAGAGAUUGUACACCGGUUUCAAUUAACAAGAACAUCCCGCUCCUUUGCACAGUUUGCCCAGAGGCACCCCGCUUCUCGGACGUAUCGCAUUUACUCACACACAUCGCCUCCAAGGGGCAUCUGCACCAUGAGACACAAACCAAACUCAAGUCCCACCAGGAUAUCGCGGCAUCUAUGACCUUGCAGCAGUAUGAAAGUUGGUACAAAGCUAAUGGAAUCGAGGCGCUUCUUGUGGAGAGAAUGAAGGCAAAACAGAAGAAAGAAGCAGCAAAGACCAGCCGCACUCGAGAUUCAACUCCAUCAGUGAUAUUGAAGUCUAGACGGAAGUCCAAGCGAGGCUCCAACAAGACGAAGGUGAAAGCUGAACAAGACGAUAUGGCCCAAGAUUAUCCUCUCUUUCCUGGAUUUUUCCCCUCUGAAAUUGAUGCGGAGGUGGAUGAAGAGUUUGCCAGCGGUGACAUGCUGUCACUCAAGGGCCAAGUUUGGCCGGGCAUGGGCAAAAUGGACCUUGCAAAUGACGAUAUGAAACGAACUCGAAAUCAACGUAAACCCAAUUCGGUAAUUGAGAAGAUGAAACAUAUUUCCGAGGGAAUUGAACCUACCCAGGUUGUCAUGACGCCAGAUCUAGAGGUCGAGAGGGUCAAGGGGGUCUAUGACAGUUCCUCACCUAUUCCUGGUCAGGAGGAAGAGACCCCUAAAAAGACGGUAAGACCUAAACGAAAGCGGUCACAAGCGCUCGCCGAAAUAUCAGUCAACGUGCCUCGCCGUGCUAGCAGACGGCCUGGCCGUCGAAAUGGUCAAUCCAAAGUCAAGGCGUCUCCAGAAGAGAGCAACGGUGACAGCAUCUUGCCGAUUGCUGCAAGCACGACCUCUCUUAGACAUGGAAACGAUGUCUUCCGCGACAACGAUGAUGAUGGAGUUUCUGGUAAGCCUCCCUAA